AUGAAAUUACUAAGUACAGCUGUCGUUUUGGCAGCAUGCUUAUGCUUAGCGCUCAGUGCACCUGCGAAUGACUUGGACGUGCCAACACCUUUUGCAGAGGGUGACACAAAUUAUCGUCUCUCUGAGGACAUCUCACCAGUACAGUAUAAUAUUUCAAUACGACCAUAUCUUUUGGAAAGUGAUGGAGAUAAACGUUUCAAAUUCGAUGGCGAAGUCUAUAUUGAGAUUUUGACGAAUAAAGCAACUACAACUAUAGAAUUACACACCAAAAAUUUAACAAUUUCAGAAAAGCAGUAUUGGAUGAAAGGAGCUACAACUCAGACAAAUUUGCCAAAUGGUGUACUUAACGAUGCAACCGAUAUAAUCAAAUACACAUUAACCACAACAUUGCCAGCAAAAAGUACUGUCAUUUUGCACUUUAAAUAUACCGGAUUAAUGCAAGAAGAUAUGUACGGUUUCUAUCGCAGUUCCUAUAAUGACAGCAGCAAUACCGUAAAAUGGAUUGGCUCAACACAAUUCCAAACGAAUCAUGCUAGACGCGCUUUUCCAUCAUUCGAUGAACCAAAAUUUAAAGCCACUUUCAAUGUGAAUAUCACACGUCACAAAAGCUAUAAAUCUGCCAGUAACACAGAAGCAACUAAUUAUGUAGUUAAUGGCGAUUACGUCACAGAUAUUUACAGCACUACUCCAAACAUGUCUACUUAUCUGUUGGCUUUUCUAGUAUCCGAUUUUGCUGAACGUACUGAUGGUCAGUUUGGUGUGCUCGCUCGUCCAGAUUAUUACGCACAAACUGAGUAUAGCUUUAAUGUUGGCCGAAAAAUAUUGAAAGAAUUAGACACAUACUUAGCCUAUCCUUACUACAGCAUGGGCAAUGCCAAAAUGCAGAUGGUAGCCGUACCCGAUUUUUCGGCUGGUGCUAUGGAAAAUUGGGGUUUACUAACUUAUAGAGAACGUUCUUUAUUAGUGCAGAAUGGCUCAACUCCACUGAGUUCACAGCAAGCUAUUGCAGCAGUUAUAGCACAUGAACAAGCACAUAUGUGGUUCGGAGAUCUCGUUACAUGUAAUUGGUGGAGUUGGACUUGGUUAAAUGAAGGCUUUGCACGUUACUUCCAAUACUUUGGCACAGCAAUGGUUGAGACUGAAUUAGAAUUGGAGAAACAAUUCAUUGUUGAUCAAAUUCAAGCUGUUAUGCAAAUGGACUCCACAUAUAAUACCAAUCCAAUGAGUGAUCUCAAUACCAAUACACCUUCUGAUCUUAGUCGGAUGUUUAACAGUAUUUCGUACAAUAAAGGCGCAUCAUUCAUUCGUAUGGUCAAGCACGUCAUGGGCGAAGCCAAAUUCCAAAAAUCAUUGCAAGAAUACCUUAAGAAAUACCAGUUUCUAACUACUGUUCCUGACAAUCUGUUUGAUUUCUGGAAAGCUAAUUUUAACACAAACUUCCUUACUUACGCUGAUGGCCUAUUUUCCAAUUUCACUACUCAAGUGGGUUAUCCACUAGUGUACGUUGAUGUUGCGAAUGAUGGUUCUAGUUUUGUAUUAUCACAGAAACGCUUUCUUUUAAAGGAUAAUGAUGGCUCAGAUAAAGACCUGCAAUACACCGUACCAAUAUCUUACACCACCAGCAACGAGAAAAAUUUUACCGACACCGAUCCAAAAUUUUUCAUUGUGCCAAAAGAAAAUAAAACGCAGUCUCUAGGUAAAGCUUCUUCUUGGAUCAUAUUGAAUGUACAGCAAACGGGUUAUUACCGUGUUAAUUAUUCCACAAAUGCCUGGAAGAAUUUAGGCACAGCGCUUAAAAAAAGUAACUUUGAUGGCAUACAUGAAAUGAAUCGUGCGCAAAUAGUAGACGAUUUGUUUAACUUGGCACGUGCCGGCAUUCAGAACUAUGAAUUAACUUUGGAAAUUAUGGAUUACUUAGCUUCCGAAACACACUACUUGCCAUGGACAGCAGCUUUCAAUGGUUACAAUUACUUAUCAAUACGUCUUGGAACCGAUACAAAAGAUUUCAGCAUUUAUUUACGAAAUUUAAUGGAAAAGGCAUACAAUAAAUUGGGCUUUUCUGAUGGUUCUAAUGAUACUGCACUUGAUAUCUACACUCGUACCAAAAUACUUUCUUGGUCUUGUAGAUACGGUAACGAUGACUGCACAUCAAAAGCCGAAGGGUAUUUUAAAAACAUGCUUUUUAAUGGAAGAUCAGUACCAGCUAACAUUCGUAGUGUGGUUUACUGCUCCGCUGUGCGCGAAGAUAGCGAGAGUUAUUAUUCUUUCUUAUACAAAAUGUAUAGAACUGCAACUGUUGCCACUGAGGAAACACUUAUUCUAAAUGCCUUGGGUUGUGUUAAGAGUGAAAAAUUCCGGAAAACACAUUUCAAUAACAUCUUAACGGAUGAAGUGCGUCGUCAAGACAAAUCCAGUGCAUUAUCUAGCUUGUACACCGAAAAUAAUGAGAAUGUAGAACCUAUGUUCGAUUUAGUGACCGCUAAUUAUGAGGAAGUACAAAAAGCUAUGGGUGGAUAUUCGGCAUGCGCUACUGUUAUCGCCAACAUAGCAUCACGUUUCACCACAGAGGCACAAAAGAAGAAACUGGAGGAGUUCAACAAAAACCAUGGUGCAAAAUUCGGCGCAGCGGUUUCCACGCUUAAUAAUGCAGAAAAAACCGUUGCUGAGAACUUGGAAUGGUCCGCAAGUAAAUUAGCUAUAUUCAAGGAACACCUUUCGAAGCGUGUUGGAGACGGUGCUGCCCAACAAAACGUUUACACAGUAUUCACUUUAGUUUUAAUAGCUGUCGUGGCAAUUUUGUUCCAUUAAGAAAACUGUAGUCACAUACUCAUUGUUCUGAUAUAAGCAAAGUGUUGGGUUUUUGUACUUAUGUAUUAACACGAGUAUGAGAGCAAGUAUUUAUGAAACCAUAAUAUUUAAUAUAAAUAAAACCAAAUAAAAUUAAAUUUAAAAUCUUACA